CUUUACAGCCGUCACUCCCCUCCCACUCUCGCCUGCUGAGUGACGUCAUCACCGUGCCGCCGCAGCUCACGCCGGGCCACGCUUGUCAAUGUCACAACAUGUCCCGGUCAUCGUAACUUACUUUUAAAUUCACCCCCUGUUAUUGUUAUUAUUGGUCUAAGUUACCGUAAACUCUGGGUGUACGUUGCGUUGGAUAUCUCGAGGAUGUUCGCCUUUCGGCGUCUGAUCUCCGCGCAGCUGGAGCGCGCGCGUGCCGGGCUGCUGCGGCGAGCGAGCUCGGCUGGCUCCGAGGGCGAGGCGCGCAUUUCCAGCGUCCUCCAGGAGAAGUUCCCCAACGCCAAGCAGGUCCGCGUGGUCGACGUCUCUGGUGGCUGUGGGGCCAUGUACGAAGUACACGUGGAGUCGGAGGAGUUUCGGGGAAAGCGCGUGGUGAUGCAGCAUCACAUGAUCAACCAGGCACUGAAAGAUGAAAUCAAGGGAAUGCAUGGAUUGCGAAUAUUUACAACAGUUCCAGAAGAAAAAUAAUAGGGAGUCUUUAGCCUCUGUUAGCAGGCAUUUGUUCGUAUAUAUACUGUGUAUUGCUGCCAUUUUGCCCAUUUGGAUUGUUUGGGAAUUUGUACAAGCUCACAUAUAUAAAAAAACACAGACAAAAUGAAAGCGUUUUAGUUGCUUGCUGAAAGAUCUGUGUUGUCACAGUCGCGUUCUAAAUAGACAGCUUAGGUUCUAAUUUUACUAUUCUAAACGGGAAACUUAUUACCUCCGAUCGGUGCACAGGGAAAGGAUUAUAGUUGCAAUCCUGAGUGUCGGAAUUUAGGAAGAGCAUUUUGUUAACAUAGAUGUGUGACUUUAAAAGGGACUCACGAUUACAGCUUGAAGUGGCUUUGUUAAUUCCUUCAUUUUGAAACCGCACAUUUUGGCAGCAUCAAUAGAUAUAUGCAGUUGCGUACUUAUGCAUAAAUGUUACACUUAUUCACUGUUAUCUGCCGUUUCUCAGAAUAAUACUACGAAAUUACCAGCCAUAAUUUAUUAAUGUUGCCAAGGUUUUACAUACUGUAAGAGCAAAUUAUUAUAGGAAACGGACAGAACAUUUCCACCCAUAGUAUACAAAUCUAAAUACAUCUGUAGAAUGGCAGAAAUGUUACUAUUACAUGACAAUCCCUUUUUCCAAGCAUUCUCCAUAAUAGUGCAAACAUACGUGAGCCUAAAUGUUACAGCAGCUUCAAAGGACUGCACGUACACGUCUUGCAAAAACAUAUAUUAGAAUUCUGUAGUUGCCUUUAUGUAGAUGUUAUGCUUUUGUACAUUUUACAAGCAAAACAUUUCUCCAGUUAUAGUGUUAUCGCUGGGCACAUCAAGGAAAGGGGAAGAUGAUGUUUUAAAAUUGAGGUUGUAGGCAGGGCUGGUCUGCCUGUGGAUUCAUUGUGUUUGUUUUGUUGUGGGUAUGCCUCCUAAGAAAUUGGAAAUGCCAAUCUCAGAGGUUAAUGUCGCCACUACAUCAAGCCUGCAGCACGAAACUGCAUUGCAAGCGAGCCAAUAUAGCCCUCGACAGGAACACAUUUUUCCCGUGCGUUUCAUCCAUAUGGAGCAGCAUCUAUACAUUUGCUUUGUCUGGUUAUUAAUCCAUAGCAACACAACAUUGCUUUAAACUAAUUGCAUGUUUCAAUAAAGGAAUGAAUUGCGCACAUAGCCGUACAUUUCUGCAUCUUCACUAGAGAUGUUUUUUCUUUUUUUGCUGAAAUAAAAAUUCUAAUUCAGAUUUGUAUCGCUUAAUCCAGUAUUGUGCUGUGCAUCACGAACUUAAGUUGAUUUUCCUUUAUGGAGAGGUGGUUCAGUCACGGCAGAUGCAAACGACCACAAUUUAAGCCGGGCAGAUCAAGUUUCGGUAACAAAUUGAGAUUGGCAAACAGUUCUUUGAAUAUGCAAGGCGUAUGGAGAAUCUCUGAAGUUUGUUGGAAACCUAGUCUAUUUUGAAAUGUGCCUAAGAAUGUAAAUCGUAAAACAAACGUUGGCCAAAUGGCAAGAAUGUUUUAACUUGGUCAAAAUGAAAGCCUGCAUAUUCCUCUUAAAAGUCAUGCAUACUUUUUAGAAACUGCCAAUUUUUAUAUUUACAUAUAGAAUGGCAAUUACUACAAUUCCAAUGCUGCAGUCUUCCUACUGUUGGGAAUAUACAAUGUGUCAUUAUGUGAUUCAAAUGAAAGUAUCUUUAAUUUCCCAUUCAUGCCAACCUUUCAUUAUCCUGCUUCAUGUCAUGUGUGGAAUUAUGCAUAACUUUUUUGAAGGCUAGGUUUUGGGAACUGCAACAAUGGUUUUGGAUUCUGGUUUUCUGAUUGCAAAGCUUAAUUUUCUGUAACAUCUGUAUGAAAUAACUAUUUUUUACAAGCAUUAGAUUGGCCAUUUAAUAAACCCCAUUUAAAACAUUAAGAGGAACAAGUCUUGUAAGCUGAUGUUGUAUGCACUAAUGUAAUAGAGCAGAUAGUGUUCAUGCUACGGUAUAUAAGAGAUAUAUUUAAAUAUUGACUUAAAGCGUUCAUGACUGCAGGAAUUCAUUGUCGUUGUGUCUUUCGGUAAAGUCAUGUAGAUAGAAAAAAAAAUUAUCACGACGUUUCUAUCGCAACACAAGCAAUCGUCUUCAGGUGAAAAAAUUGAGCGUCGUGAUUUUUUUAUUUUUCUAUCUCCGUGACUUAUCCGACAGACCCAAAGUGUGUAGAUAUAUUUAACAUUAAAAGAAAGUCUGGCUGUGAAACGCACAAACUUAGAAUCGCGAGUUGGUUAACAAAUGUUUGCACUGCUGUCAUUUGCUGUAAACCCAAGUGUCAAGACUUGCAAUUGUGUAUCGAUGUAAGUUAUAAAAUGCUUGACUGAAAUUAACUUAAUUCACAUUCUUGCUUCUGCAAAAUGUUUGUUGUCAUCGGUAAGAAGUUUAAAGGUCAGAAAGCCAUCCGUGUAUUGUAGCAAUGGAUGAAUUAGAAAUCGAAUCUGCAUCAAUUGCUCAGAUUUAAAAGAGUGAUUCAAUUCACGUGUUACACUUGGAUACGAGAUGUUUACCGCGUUGACUAAAUUGGACAAUGUGAAUGAUUGCAGCGCGUUUGAAUUGCUGGCACAGGUAAAAAAAAACAUGUUUGCCUUAUUUGUGACUUGCUGUGAUUUGAACUGAGGUCAGGGAGUUGUAAAAUUGGUUGAAUGUUGAUUUCAUAUAAGUAAAUAAAUAGACGUGACAUUGCACUGCUCUGCCUAUACUCUGAUGGUUCAAUAUUAAUCGAGCACAUUUUCGAUGUGAUUUAAACAAUAUGAAUGCUGAGCAACACUGACUUGUCUAUGGUUUUCUAAGCAAACUUUUUUUUAAUAUAUAUAAUGUUACAUAUGGUGUGAGCAUAAAAUAACAAUUGGUGCUUGAUGUAUAUUUAACGAUAUGAAUAGAAGAUCAAUAUUAUCCUGAGAUGCAACUAUAAAAAUGUUUUCUUGUUUCGAUAUUGGGUUGCCAGGUAGCCUAAUAGCCCCAAUGUUCGGAGUCACUUUGAAGGUUGUAUUGUUACGAUUGGCAACGUAUUCAGGGAAUCCUCGAAGUACACUGCUGUAAAAGUGGAGAUGCACUACCCUGUGACAUUUUGCAAUAAGAGAUUACGCUUGACAUUUUCAUAGUCCAACCCCAAUGUUUAAAAAUAACCUCCAAAUAAGUCACAUUUCAAAAGUAAUAUGAUUAAUAUAAUACCCCAAUGCAACUUGGGUUCAUAACACCCCCCCCCCCCCCGAAUGAUCAUGCUACUCUCACCUGGAUUAGCAAAGGGCAUUGUGGAUACAGAUAUUUAGAAUAUUAUAUUCACUCUUGGCCAUUGCCUGCGGGGCAUCAUGUGAAUGUUUGACACUUUUUCUCCAGGAAAUGCCCCUUGAUAUCAGCCAUCAGCUUGUGUUAAUUCCAAUUGCAGUCACAGUCUUCUGUUCAUUGUGCAGAUUUGCAUUGAUGUUUUGUGUGUUUAAGACAUGAUUAAGGUGUGUUGUAUGUGUCAGUUACAGAUGCUUCUCUAAUUCAAUAAAAUCCUUCAUAACAUUCU